UAUAACCUAUCUUUAUUGUUUUGUAUAUUCAGAGCACUUUCAGAGGUUUUGUAUUACAAUACAUACAACUGUUUCAUGUUUUUACUCAGAAAAUGACUUUAUUUAAAUUGAAAGCAGCACCAAUAAUAUUAAUUGAAGAUGACACAAACAAAAAUAUCUUACCACUGUUGCUGAAUAUAGUACAACAAGAGAAAAGUGAAUUGAAGAUGUUCUGUUUCGAACAACCUGAAACAUUGUGGAAGCCUGUACUCAAAACUCAUAUGAAUGUAAUAUUUUAUGAAGACUUUUGCACGGAAGAGUAUAACAAGUACAUCAACACGAAAUGUACAGUGGUUAUAGAUUCAUUAAAUCAAAUGUGUUUUAGCAUAGGAUGGAAUGAAUGUCUAAGAUGUUUGAAACGGCUUUACAUUGAUCCCAAUGUAAAUAAACUAGUUAUGGUGCUCCAUACGGACUGCCUGCCGUUUCCUAAGUUACAGUUAAAUUUAAAUCACUUCGCUUGUGCGGUAGUUUCCUAUGAUUCUCCCGACAGUAACAAAAUAAAAGUGAAGUUGAAAAAAGGAGGAAAAUUGGAACGGAGUGAGGAAAUUUUGACUUACGAUUAUAAAUUGGGUCUUCUGAAAUGUGUCCCCGUCGUAAAAGAGAGUAAAAAGGAUGAUGAACCAGAGAAGCCACUUCCAGCAAACCUUACUACAUUUAAAAUCGAAGUAGACCAGACUGAGAAAUUGGAGAAAUAUAAAUUAAAGUUACCGUACAUGAGCAAGAUUAAUGAAGGUGAGAGCAAGGUGUUUUAUGAACCAGAUGCCGUUGAUGACUGGGAUGAAGAGGAUCCAGAUGAAGACCUUGAUAUAUAGUGAUUGCCACCUGUACAAUUUCCAGUUACUUUACUAUUUUAUUAUUUGUUUGUUUGAAUGCAUGUAGGAUAAAAUGUUUAAUUAUUGUCAUCAAAGAUUACUUAUUAAUCAAAGCUAAUACUGUUUACAAAGCUGUAGAGUACAAGUGAUAGAACCAACUAGGGCUUAUCAGGAUGGGCCUAAAAUUCUAAAUAAAGCAUUUAAAACUG